CUUGUGAACAAGCUCUUCGAUUAGAAGAAAGUGAUGUGUGCAAGCAAUCUCUUCGGGAUAAAUAAGAUGCCAGGGUGAAUGAGAAUGACCCUUAUUCAUCUCCUGUGUGGUUCUUCUCGCAAUAGCCGGCCUCAGAUAAUUCAAUUUUGUUGACUAUCUGAAUUCGAUUCUAAUUGAUCCUCCUCCUCUGCGAUCCCGUCUCAAAUCUCCGUUGAAUUUGGGAUUGGAUCGUCUUUCUUUUUCUUUUUUUUUUUCUUUUUAAUUUUUGGUUUUAAUCAUCUGGGCACCGGCGGAAAUCCUUGAUUUUAAGGUGCAGGGAAGGAAUUUGUUUGCUUGUGGCUUUUUCAGGUGGUGGGUCGAUCUGAUAUCGGGUUUAGCUUGGUGGGUUUUGAUCUGGGAUUUUGUGGGUGGGAUUGUUGGGAGUUUGUGCAUCGGGUUUUUGACCUUUGGAUUCGAUUUCUGCGGUUGAAUUGAAAUGGUCUAUAUCCAUAGCUCAAUCUCGGUCUGCAACUCCGUUGACCAGCCCGCGACAACAAUCAUGGCGAAUUCUGUGAACUCGAAUGAUUUGUACCCAAAAUCAAGGCACAAUAGUCACGUUCCGAAGAACAAAAAGGUACCCAAUUUACCAAGCUGCCUGAAAAUCCCUGAUUGCGAAAGAUCUCGAUCUGCAGCUGUGGAUGUUUUGAUUUUGAUUGCUGUGAUUGCUGCUUGCGGGUUCUUGUUAUUUCCUUAUAUCAAGUUUGUAUCCCUCGAAUCAACUAAAUUUACUGGGGCUGUGUUUUAUUUGGUUAAAGAGGAGAUCAUGGAAGCUCCAAUGAUUUAUGGAUCCAUAGGAUUAAGCUUUUGUUGUGCUGCAAUGGCUGCCUGGAUUGUACUCCUCUGUACAACUAGGAAAUGUGGAAACCCGAACUGCAAGGGGCUGAGGAAGGCAGCUGAGUUUGAUAUUCAGCUGGAGACAAAGGAUUGUGUGAAGAAUUCCAGCACUCUGGGAAAAGAUGGAGUUAAAAAGGGACUUUUUGAGUUACCGCGUGAUCACCACAGGGAACUGGAAGCUGAGCUAAAGAAGAUGGCCCCGGUUAAUGGAAGAGCAGUGCUCAUUUUUCGAGCAAGGUGUGGAUGUUCUGUUGGGAGAUUGGAGGUUCCAGGGCCAAAGAAGCAUAAGAAGAUCAAGAAGUAGGACCUUUAUAUGAUUGAUAAUUGAUAGAGAAAGGAUAAAGCAAUACAGGAAUACUCAUAAUGCAGAGAGGAGUGCCUUCUCUGGUCAGUUUUAAUCAGACCUCCUUUGUUUUUAAAUAAGCCCAUGAUGGCAAUAAGUUGUAAGGAUCAUAUACAGUUGGUUAUAGUGGAGAAUAUAAGAAUCCUUUCUUU